AUGAGUCGACUUUUCGGUUGGUCAAAAUCCAAUACUAUACCUAAACCAACAUUAAAUGAUACAGCAGCAACACUUGAUUUACGUGUUGAAACAAUCAAUAAACAAAUAGCUAUAAUUGAUCAUGAAUUACAAGCUUAUAAUAAAUUACCCCCAGCUAGAAAAGCAAGUCAAAAAUCUCGAGCAAUGGCUCUUCUAAAUAAAAAGAAAAUGUAUGAAAGACAACGUAUGACAAUAGAAGGUCAAAGUGCUAAUAUUGCCGCUACUACUUUUGGUAUUAGUAAUAUUGCAAUACACAAGGAAAUGUAUCAUGGUUUAAAAGAUGCAAAAAACCAAUUAGCCAAAGGUUAUAAAGAUUUAAAAAUUGAAAAAGUUGAAACCCUUAUGGAUGAUCUUGAUGAUCAACUUCUUGAUCAAGAUGAAAUGAAUGAUACGUUUAGUCGAACUCUUGGCCAAGAUACAUAUAUAACGGAUGCUGAUCUUGAAAAUGAAUUAGCUGAUCUUGCUACAGAAGAAUCUGGCAUUCAAUCAAAUGCAAGAUAUACUGAUUUGCAUGUACCUAGUGUUCCUGUUCAACCUAUUGAUACUAGAAAUAAAACAGGUGUAACAACAAAAAAUGGUACUAUAGUUGGUUUACCAAAAGCUCCAGUAACUGGAAUGAAAAAUUAA